GGACGAAGAAGAAGAACAGCGGUGUUUGGACGUUAGCUCGUCAGAUUUAGCGACACUUUUGUGUUUAUUACAGUUUAUUAACAGUAUUUUCAGAUGUGCAGCUUCAUAUACUCCUCUUAUUUUUUAAAGAAGCACCAGUGCGGUUAUAUCGUGAAGGUUUUGUGCUUGAAUUGAAGGUAAGCCGCCUGCUGAACAGACGUUUUUCCAAUAGCCUUUAGCUUUAGCAACUGCAGUAGUUCACUAGUUACCGUUAGACUGUGACCGAUAAAGAGUAACCAUUAGACUAUAACCGAUAAACUGUUACCGUUAAAGUGUUACCGUUAAAGUGUGACCGAUAAAGAGUCUGUUUAGAGGAUUAACUUCAUCAUUGUCUCCUCUGAGACUGAACAGAAACUGAGUUUAUGAAGAAGUUAACCGUCCUUAGCUGACAGGCUAACUGUAUGAUCCUCUCUAUGGGUUAGUGUGUGUGUGUGUGUGUGUACACCGGAUGUUCUUUCAUGUUUAAAGUAUAUUUAAUAUUAUAUUUCCCCAAUGACACUUUGGAGAGGUGGUCUGACUUUUCAUUUUUAUACAGUUAAUAUGGUAUAACACUGUAAUACUAUAACACUAUAAUAAUAUACCACUGUAAUACUACAACACUGUAGUAAUACAACACUGUAAUACUAUAACACUGUAAUAAUAUAACACUAUAAUAAUAUACCACUGUAAUACUACGACACUGUAAUACUAUAACACUAUAAUAAUAUACCACUGUAAUACUACAACACUGUUGUAAUACAACACUGUAAUACUAUAAUGCUAUAAUAAUAUACCACUGUGAUAAUAUAACACUGUAAUACUAUAACACUGUAUUACAGUGGUAUAUUAUUACAGUGUUAUAGUAUUACAGUGUUGUAGUAUUGUAGUGUUGUAGUAUUGCAGUGUUGUGGUAUUACAGUGUUAUAGUAUUACAGUGUUGUAGUAUUACAGUGUCGUAUUAAUAUAGUGUUGUAGUAUUACAGUGCUGUAGUAUUACAGCGUUAUAGUAUUAAAGUGUUGUAGUAUUACAGUGUUGUAUUAAUAUAGUGUUGUAUUAUUACACUGUUGUAUUAUUACAGUGUUGUAGUAUUGCAGUGUUGUAGUGUUGUAUUAUUACACUGUUGUAUUAUUACAGUGUUGUAGUAUUGUAGUGUUGUAGUAUUGCAGUGUUGUGGUAUUACAGUGUUAUAGUAUUACAGUCCUGGACAUCAGAUCUGAAUGUGGGUGUGGUUUCACUCACUCAGGUAAAGGUGUGUCGGAGGAGGAGAGCGCUCUGAUUAGAAAGAGAUUACUGCUGCAGGAUUAAUCAUUUUUAAUCCUAAUCAGACUAUUUAAUCAUGACAGUGUUAAAAAGAUUAAAAUCCUCAAACUGAUUUUCCUCUCUAUGAGGUCAAAACAACCUUUAUACGUGUCCUCUUUACCCGUCAUUUCCUGUGCAGUGUUACAGCGCCACUUACAGGCUUGGCAUAUGCACUACAUCGUUUUCAGUGUACUGAGACAGAAUAAUUUAGUUUUUUAUCUGUUUGUUUGAUGAAGCUGAAGUGACAUGAAAGACUAAAACAACAGACCCAGUGCCAGCCAGUAAUAAGCUGGUAAUGGUGGACCACUAACCAGUAUGAUGACGAUCUGAGCCGGGCUCCAGUCACACCUGGGGUCGUCUUUCCAGCACAUAGCCAGUGUCGCAGACCCGAAGAGAAGCAGUGCAGCCAGCACACACAUGUGACCUCUGACCUCUGACUGACAGCUGUUCAUAUCCACUUUAAACGCUGACAUCAUCUUUGACGUGACGAGGAGGACGGGCUCUUUGGUUAGUGAGGGUCUUAGUCUGCUGGACUGACGCCGAAGCUUCACAUCACUGCAGAACCGUGACUCAGGGAGACCUGAACUCAUGAGGGUGACGGCUCUCCUCGACAGCGCUCUGGAAACAGCAGCAGAUACUGAGAUGUUUCUGUGCUGGCUCUGACUAUCACGUGGACUCUUACAGGUGAACAUCUGGACGUCUGGUAAGUUUGGUCCGAUGUGAGGCGGAGCCUGCUGUCAGUCUUGAUUUGAGAGCGCUGGUCUCUCGGUGUCGUCUCUCUUGUUUUUUGGUGUUUGAUAAUGUCAGCUGAUUGAAACCUCCUCUUCCUGAUUUGACAUCUCCUGUCUUCCCUGACAUCCUCUGUCUGCAGGAAACGCUCUGAGCGUUUCUCCUCCCAUCAUGUCUCACAACUACUCGUACAGAAGAUCGCAGCCCGACUCCAACCACAGGCCUGAUCCUGAACCCCACAGCUCUUCACGCCGCCGCCACGCUUCGCCCGACCAUCACUCUUACACGGCGUCACAGGACUCCUUCUCUUCAUCCUCCUCCUCCAGAGCGACUAAGUGGUCACAUGACGGCGCCUUCAGCAUCCUGAACAGCUGUGGACUGGAGCCCACCGACCUGGCCCUGCUGGCUGAGUUGCCUGAAGACGCUCUGACCGUGGAGUCGCUGCCUCAGGUCCUCAAACAGAUCAAAGGGAAGAGGGGGACCGUCAGACCUUAUCCCCUCAGCUCCGCCGCUCCUUCCUCCUCCUCCUCCUGGGACCAACCCCGCAGCCAGCUGGUCCAGUACCCGAUAGGCCAAGUAAAACCCAGUCCUCUCAUCCCUGAGCUAGACCGCUGGGGGAAUCCCAUCACCCUCAGCUGCUCAAAACAACGUCUACCACCGCCGCCGCCGUUACCACCACUGCCGCCGCCGCCGCUGUUAUCCUCCUCCAGCCACAUGGGGGACCUUCACCUCAGACCAGGUCCCCCUGAGUUUGGUAACCCCAGUCCAGUUUCUUCCCAGGACUACUGCCACAAAUCCAGAACCCCUGAGUUCUCAAAGCCAGGCCGGGACAGCCGUUCGGUUUCUUCUCAGGACUACCACCACAGAUCAGGACCCCCUGAGUUCGGUGAGUCAGCCAGGGAUCCUGCUCCUGUUUCCACUACAGACUUCUACAGCAGACAUGGACCUCCUGACUUUGGAAAGACCAGCAGAAAUGUUGGUGCGGUUUCUUCUCAGGACCGACCUUCUUUCAGCUCCGCAGGUCGAGACCAAACAUCUCGUCCUUCUCAGACUGUCUACACAUCUGCUCCUCUGCCUCAAGACCCUAAACCCUCUUGGGGGCGCAGCAGGCCUGAGACCUCCACCUCCUCCACCACCUCCUCCACCAGGACCACCUCUGCUUCACUGCCCUCCAGACAAAAAGCUCUGGACUUCCACGGAGCGACGCCGCCAUCUUACCCACACUCAUGCUCUCUGUGCGCUAUCACUGUGAUGUCAGAGAAGGUAACAGAGUCCCCUCCUCACGGAAACUCUUGAGUGACGGUUUGUGGUGGGUAAGGGGGGGGGGGGGGGGGGGUGCAGAGGGAUGAUGGGAAAGUUUCAGCUGACUCCUGCGGCGUGUUUUUGUCUCGUAGGUGUGGCUGAAGCACAUCAACGGGCCUCACCAUGCAGACGGACAGCUCAGCCUGCUGCAGAGGUGAAUCUCCUCCAACUCCUCCAACAUCAUUCAGCUCCUCACUCUGUCACACCAGAGAGGAGGGGCUUCAAUAUGAACGCAUGAAACAGGAAAUGGAAUCUUUAACCAGUUUUUCCUGAUUGACCCGCAGGUUUCCACACUGGGACUGUCGCAUGGAGACGGUGGACAGGUCAGUGUCGCACGGGAUACGCUCCUCCUAUCUUCUGUCUCCUCUCCUCUCCUUUCUCCUCCUCCUAUCUCCUUUCUCCUCUCCUCUCCUAUCUCCUCUCCUCUCCUUUCUCCUCCUCCUAUCUCCUGUCUCCUCUCCUUUCUCCUGUCUCCUCUCCUUUCUCCUGUCUCCUCUCCUUUCUCCUGUCUCCUCUCCUUUCUCCUGUCUCCUAUCUCCUGUCUCCUCUCCUGUCUCCUCUCCUUUCUCCUGUCUCCUCUCCUUGAUCCUCCUCCUAUCUCCUGUCUCCUCUCCUUUCUCCUGUCUCCUCUCCUUUCUCCUGUCUCCUCUCCUUGAUCCUCCUCCUGUCUCCUCUCCUAUCUCCUCUCCUGUCUCCUCUCCUUUCUCCUGUUUCCUCUCCUUUCUCCUCUUCCUAUCUCCUGUCUCCUAUCUCCUGUCUCCUCUCCUGUCUCCUGUUUCCUCUCCUUUCUCCUCUUCCUAUCUCCUGUCUCCUCUCCUGUCUCCUGUUUCCUCUCCUUUCUCCUCUUCCUAUCUCCUGUCUCCUAUCUCCUGUCUCCUCUCCUUUCUCCUGUCUCCUCUCCUUUCUCCGGUCUCCUCUCCUUUCUCCUGUCUCCUCUCCUUGAUCCUCCUCCUAUCUCCUGUCUCCUAUCUCCUGUCUCCUCUCCUGUCUCCUGUUUCCUCUCCUUUCUCCUCCUCCUAUCUCCUGUCUCCUCUUCUCCUCCUCUCCUAUCUCCUGUCUCCUGUCUCCUCUCCUUUCUCCUCCUCCUAUCUCCUGUCUCCUCUCCUAUCUCCUGUCUCCUCUCCUGUCUCCUGUUUCCUCUCCUUUCUCCUCCUCCUAUCUCCUGUCUCCUCUCCUGUCUCCUGUCUCCUCUCCUUUCUCCUGUCUCCUCUCCUGUCUCCUCUCCUUUCUCCUGUCUCCUUUCUCCUUUCUCCCAUCUCCUCUCCUUUCUCCUCCUCUCCUCACUUCACCUGUUAAAGUGCUAUGGUUGGGUGGAGCUGCUGUCUGCUACGACGCAGCAGUUGGUUGAUACUUGGUUCUAAUUCAGAACAUGAUUGGUUCAGACCCGGAGAAACUCCCCUUUUCAUUGGCUGUUUGUAUAGUCGACCAGAACAUGUCAGAAUGACGACUAUUGAAAAGGAUAUUGAUCAUGUUUGAUAUUGAUAUUAAAGGAAAUUAAUUUUUGAUGUAUGUCGUUAUCGUUUUAUCGCCCAGCCCUGACUCUGACUCCAAACGUUGGGUGUGGUCCGGCAGUCUAGUGUGUGUUUGUAGAUUCUAGAUCUACACUUUAAAUCAGUCUGUCCUUCUGUGUCAGGGCCGACCAAUCAGAGAGGAGGAGGGAUGAAGGGAAACCCGUGGAGAAGCUGCAGACAGCCAAUCAGAGCUCUAGUAAGUAAUCUCAUUUAUUCCUUUAGCACAUGCUGAUCAUUGUUAUUGAUCCUCUAACAGCAGCUGUUUCCUGCGCCCCACAGACGCUCCACCGCAGCCCAACAAGAAACAGCAAAAGAAGGUAAGAGAGUGGGAGGACGCUGACGUGGGUCUGUCUCCUCUGUGGACCCUCUGGAGUCA